AUGCUGGAAAGUGUUGAGUUAUUACAAUCUGCUGGCGCUCUACUUUGGGAGUUGAAUCUACCAACUGAUUUUGAUCGUCCAUGGGAUCUGCGAGGAUCUCUCAGCGUUACAAAGGUGCUCUAUAGACAUCACGAUUACUGCGAAAAAUUCCUUGACGAUCGACGACUUCUUCAAUACUUGGACUUGCAAAAGACUGAUCUGAUUGUGUUUGAUAAUUUCAUGCAGGAGUGCUUGGGAGCCGCUAUUUCUCUUCUCGACGCCCCUGUCGUACAAUACUCUAACUGGCCCAUCGCGGAUGGCUACAUAACAACUUUUAAUAUCCCCGCGAACCCUAGCGCUGUUCCAAAAACAGGUAUUGAUAAGUUUUCCAAUCUUGACUUUGUUCUAUAA